CAUUGCACUGGACAGUAAACCAAACCAAACCAAAACAACAAAACUCCGUCUUCUUCUUUUCACUUGUUAUCCUUUUUCCUCCUCCUUCCACUUCGUGCGAAUAUUUCAUCGCCAACAAUCCUCCAUAAAUCUACCCUGCAUAAAUCAUCCAAAAGUCACCAAAUAUCCAAAAGUGGAUCCAAUCGAAACCACCCCAACCCAGCACGAAAAAAAGAAGGAAAAGAAAAAAGAAAAGAUAGGAAACACACCAAGCAAAAGCUAAGCAAUUAGACAUGGACGUGGACGACCCAGACCACACCCAAGCAGCCCGCCAAUUACACCAAGCCCUCGAAUCAGCCUGCCACCAACCCUCCCGCAAACCCUCCCGCCCAGGCCACGAUUCAGAAUACGCCUACGACGAUUCCUACUCCUACACCUCCUCCACCCCCUCAACCGGCCGCUUCUCCGACGCCGACGAAGAAUACACCCUCUCCAUCUCCGCACACCCACCUAGUUCCCCCCACAGCCCCAAACGCCGCCGCUCAAACGACUGGGACCCAUCCAAAAAAGAAAAAGACACUGGGCGCUGGCCCUGGAGUAGCGGUGGUGGCCGUGGUAGCGGUCAGAAUUCGACCCAUGGGUCGCCACGCGUUGGCGCUUCGGGCCGGCACGGACGUCAGGCGGGUCCGCGCGGCCGGCGGUCACGGUUCGUGGAGGGGAUGAUGAAUGAUAGCGUUAGUGAGAAGCCGCCGAGUAUUUUUUUGAGAGAGGGGAGGGCUGCUGGUGCUACUGCUAGGGGCACGGCGCAACAACAGCGGGGAUCGGGGAUUUUUCGGUUUGGGAAGGCUAUUGCUAGUGCGUUUAAUCCGUUUGGCGGGUGGGGUGGGUUUUCGAGGGAGAAGCAUCAGCAGCAGCAGCAACAAAAGCAGGACGUUGAGGAUGAUAUUGCGAGGGUGGAGAGGGCGUAUGCGGAGUUGAAGAGGGCGGGCUAUCGGGGUGCUGUUAAGGGGGAGUAUUCUGCGGGUGCUGGGUCGAAGUCGAGUGGGGAUUUGGCGGAUGAAACGUGGAGGGCUGUUGCGGAGAAGAUGGAUGAGACGGUCGAUGGGCGACAUUCGAGGCAGGAGUCGGGGGGUUCCUUCGGGGUUGAGGUGCAAGAGGUGAGGAGGGCGAAGUCGUCGUUGGGGAUUGCGUCGAGUUUUAUCCCUGGUGUUGGAAGACGAUCGGAGGAUGCUGGUCGGCCUGAGCUGAGGAAGCAGAGGUCUAAGAGGGAGAAGUUGCUUAGACGCGUGAGUACGCUUGAGGAGAAGCUGGAGAAGGCGCGUCGCGAGCUGCAGGAGCUUAUGGGUGAUGAUGUGCCUCUUGUUCCGGAGAGAUCGCAUUGCCUGGAUCCGGCGCACCAGAGGAAAUUUGUGCCCGGCGUGCUGCCUACGCUUCCGUCUGAGAGGCUUUUGCUCGAUGAGGUGCUUUCCCCGGUUUCACCUACCGAGUCGGUUCCCCCGAAUUCGUUAUUGGAGAACGUCCAACGCGCGAUGCAGGACCGCGAAUCUGAAACAAGGACUGCACACGAGGAUCCCGAGUCUACAAUCAAGACCCCAGCCAAAUCCCCAAGACCAGCAGCUCAGUCACUGAUAGUCGAGAGCCCCUCGCUUAAGCGAAAGUCCCCCGACCCGGAAUCCGCCAGCGCAGCCAACACCCCCAGAUCCCACCAUGAAGGUUUUGCAAAUCACACAGAGGAAGGCAACCAAUCCGACUCAUCCCGCAAAACCAAGCUCCCCAAGAUGCUGUGCGGCGACAGUCCCGGUUCCGUGGAACGAAAGCAAACCCACCGACACAUGGAAGACUCCAACAGGCGCUCCCCCAGUGAGGAUAGAGGCCGACGGAGACGAUCCUCGCAACCGCUCCGCUCAGCGAGCAAGCGAUCCCCCUCGGCAAGGAGAAGGGCAUCCAACUCUCGGAACAGAGUCCCUACUCCUUCUCUACGCAUGAAGAAGGGCCGCGCCGAUCUAAGAUCCGCCAGUGUGCAAGCUAUGCAGACCGAUGACCAGGACAAGGAGAACCAGCACGCAGCUCAAUAUCGACGGGACCAGCAGCAACCCGAUCAGGCUUCGAAUCCUAACCCAACAGACCCAGGUCCGAAUUCCUCGCCAACCAAGAGAAAGGACCAGAGAUGCACCUACAAUUAUAUCCCACCUGUGCCCCCUCUGCCCAAAGAUCUAGCUGCCACAGCCGCAAAGGUAGACCGCAGACUAGCCAAGGAGAUAGAGAGGCGCGAGGCGCGGAAUCGCAAGCCCAAGACUCAGUCGGGGAAGAUUCCCGGUACCACAAAAGAAGAGGGCUUCAGAUGGCCUGAUGAUAUUUUUUGAUUAUUGCAAGUUUUUGACGGGGAUAUUGGAUCACGGACGAUUCUCAUCUGGAUAACGGGACAGAGGUGAGAAGGCCGAUUUUUGAGCAGGCAAGUCAGAAGGGGAGAACGAAGACAAGGAAUGACUGAGUGUUUGUUCACAGACAAUUAAGCCAUUAUGAGGAGGUUGAGUAGUUGGAAGAUGAGUU